UCUCCGCCGAGACCACCCCAGAGGAUGGAGUUUGUUCCCGCCCCUCCAGUGCACCGUGUGCUGUGUGCAGAUUGCGGUACCCCCAUCGUCCCCAACUCUGCCAAUCUUUGCGUCGCGUGCUUGAGGAAUACUGUCGAUAUCACUGAAGGGAUACCGAAGCAAGCUUCCGUCGCAUUCUGCAGGAAUUGCGAACGCUUCCUCAAUCCGCCGCAAAACUGGACAAUAGCAAGACCGGAGUCAUCUGAGCUGCUGUCGAUAUGCUUGCGCAAGUUGAAGGGGCUGAACAAAGUGCGGCUGACGGAUGCGCACUUCAUCUGGACGGAGCCGCACUCGAAACGGUUGAGGGUAUCUAUCACGAUACAGAAAGAGGUCCUUACGAACACGAUCCUUGAACAGACGUUCGAGAUCGAAUACCUUGUCCAGUACGGCCAAUGUCCAGAUUGCGCAAGGCUUGCGGCGAAGGAUACCUGGAAAGCCCUCGUUCAAGUCCGUCAGAAAGUCCCCCACAAACGCACCUUCCUCUACCUCGAGCAGCUCAUCCUCAAACACAACGCCCAAAAAGACACCAUUUCCGUCAAGGAGGUCCGCGAUGGCCUCGACUUCUUCUAUAGUAAUCGCGCACACGCUUUGAAGAUGGUCGAGUUCCUUAAUGGCGUCGUCCCGAUCCGGUCCAAGUCAUCAGAGCGACUGCUCUCCUCGGACACGCACACGAAUACGGCGAACUUCAAGCACACGUAUUCCGUCGAGAUCGUACCCGUGUGCAAGGAGGACCUGGUGUGCAUACCACAAAAGCAGGCAAGGUCGUUGGGCAACCUUAAUCCCCUAGCCCUUUGCAUACGAGUAGGCAGCUCGCUGCAGCUGCUCGACGUCGCGACGCUACAGACGGCGGACAUCCCCGCGCAGGUGUACUGGCGCGCACCGUUCGAGUCGCUUGCCAGUGUGCCCGACCUCGUUGAGUUCACGGUCCUCGAUGUCGAGCCCGAUUACUCGCGUGCCAAGGGCCGAUUGGUCCCCGCCGACGCGCAGGUCGCCCUCUCCGGCGCGUUCCGCUCGAAAGCCUCGGGCGGCCACUCCUCCUCCGACAUGGACAUGGACUUCGACGACGCCGGGAGCACGUCCCAGAUCUUCCACACGCGCACGCACCUGGGCGGCAUCCUCCAGCCCGGCGACGCCGCGCUGGGCUACUUCCUCACCUCCGCGAACUUCAACUCAGACGACUUCGCCGCGCUGCCCGCGGAGCGCAUCCCGGACCUGGUGCUCGUGAAGAAGGCGUACCCGAACCGGCGGAAGAAGAACCGGGCGCGCAACUGGCGGCUGCGGAGCAUCGGGAAGGAGGCGGGCGAGGAGGGCGAGACGGGCGCGGGCCGCGGCGUCGUGGGUCGCAUGGGCGGGCGCGACCAGAAGAAGGUGGACGAGGACUACGAGCUGUUCCUGCGCGAGCUCGAGGAGGACCCGGAGCUGCGCGCGACGGUGAACCUGUACAAGGCGGGCGACGUGAAGAUGAGCGAUGGUGCCGCAAGGCCGGCGGGCGCGGGCAAGAAGCGCGCCCAGUUCGCGAUGGAGGUCGACGAGGCGGGGCAGGAUAUAGAGACAGAGGCGGAGGAUGAGCCGGACUUCCCCGACGUGAAGCUCGACGAGUUGCUGGAAGGGUUCGACGAGAUGACGCUCAACGAGAAUGAUGUGGCGGCAGUGGUCAGUUAGAUAGUUCCAGGUAUUCUCCAGGUCACCUAUGUAUAUGGUAUACGUACGGUACUGUCUUGUCAGCUAUCCGAGUCGACGGUAGAAGAUUGAGUCACGGCA